GUAGCGGUUUGGUCUUAAGCAUAAGGUUUUUAGUGUGGGUUAGGUUUAAAAUCAGAUUUUCAAGAGACAUUUUGAGAAAUAGUCCAGGGUUUAGCAAUAAUUCUGACUUUGUGGCUGUGGUAACCAGUGACUAGGUUCCUAGCGUCUGUUCCGCCUAUUCUGUGUAGCGUCAUUAAACUAACGCCUUAUCGUUGUCCCUGUACUGUUACUGUAUGGUUAGUUAGUGUAACGGAGAGGUGUAGUCAGCAGCGGAUACCUACAAAACUGUUUGCUACGCUCCAGACAUUCAAUCAAAUUUCGGGAAGAAAGAAGCGAGGGUGGAGAGAUGGCGAAAACCUAUGAUUACCUUUUUAAAUUGCUACUCAUCGGGGACAGCGGUGUCGGCAAGACAUGUCUCCUCUUCCGAUUCAGCGAAGAUGCGUUCAACACUACCUUCAUAUCAACAAUAGGUAUUGACUUCAAAAUCAGGACGAUAGAGUUGGACGGGAAGAAGAUAAAGCUCCAGAUAUGGGACACAGCCGGUCAGGAGAGGUUCAGGACCAUCACAACAGCCUACUACAGAGGAGCUAUGGGUAUCAUGCUAGUGUAUGACAUCACUAACGAGAAGUCCUUCGAGAACAUCAAGAACUGGAUCAGGAACAUUGAAGAGCAUGCCUCCUCUGACGUGGAGAGGAUGAUCCUAGGAAACAAGUGUGACAUGAAUGACAAAAGACAGGUGUCAAAAGAACGAGGAGAAAAGUUGGCGAUUGAUUAUGGCAUCAAGUUCUUAGAAACAAGCGCCAAAUCCAGCCUGAAUGUGGAAGAGUCCUUUUUCACACUGGGAAGAGACAUAAUGACGAGACUCAACAGAAAAAUAAACGACAACAGUCCUCCAGGAGGCGGUGGGCCGGUCAAGAUCACAGAGAACCGGUCAAAGAAGAGCAGCUUCUUCAGGUGUUCACUGUUCUAGUGGAUCCAUCCUCUCCGUUCCAUGGACUGGUACAGCCUUUACCUUCCCUGCUGCUUCCCCACAGAGCUGAGCAGAAUACACCCCCAACCCCUCACCAGGCCUGGUACCAGGCUACCUACCUAGCAUACCCCCCACCCCUCACCAGGCCUGGUACCAGGCUACCUACCAAGCAUACCCCCCACCCCUCACCAGGCCUGGUACCAGGCUACCUACCUAGCAUACCCCCCACCCCUCACCAGGCCUGGUACCAGGCUACCUACCUAGCAUACCCCCAACCCCUCACCAGGCCUGGUACCAGGCUACCUACCUAGCAUACCCCCCACCCCUCACCAGGCCUGGUACCAGGCUACCUACCUAGCACUCCUCCAACCCCUCACCAGGCCUGGUACCAGGCUACCUACCUAGCACUCCUCCAACCCCUCACCAGGCCUGGUACCAGGCUACCUACCUAGCAUACCCCCAACCCCUCACCAGGCCUGGUACCAGGCUACCUACCUAGCAUGCCCCCAACCCCUCACCAGGCCUGGUACUAGGCUACCUACCUAGCAUACCCCCAACCCCUCACCAGGCCUGGUACCAGGCUACCUACCUAGCACACCCCCAACCCCUCACCAGGCCUGGUACCAGGCUACCUACCUAGCACUCCUCCAACCCCUCACCAGGCUUGGUACCAGGCUACCUACCUAGCACACCCUCAACCCCUCACCAGGCCUGGUACCAGGCUGCCUACCUAGCACACCCCCAACCCCUCACCAGGCCUGGUACCAGGCUACCUACCUAGCACUCCUCCAACCUCUCACCAGGCCUGGUACCAGGCUACCUACCUAGCACACCCCCAACCCCUCACCAGGCCUGGUACCAGGCUACCUACCUAGCACUCCUCCAACCCCUCACCAGGCCUGGUACCAGGCUACCUACCUAGCAUACCUCCAACCCCUCACCAGGCCUGGUACUAGGCUACCUACCUAGCACUCCUCCAACCCCUCACCAGGCUUGGUACCAGGCUGCCUACCUAGCACACCCCCAACCCCUCACCAGGCCUGGUACCAGGCUACCUACCUAGCACUCCUCCAACCUCUCACCAGGCCUGGUACCAGGCUACCUACCUAGCACACCCCCAACCCCUCACCAGGCCUGGGUACCAGGCUACCUACCUAGCAUACCUCCAACCCCUCACCAGGCCUGGUACCAGGCUACCUACCUAGCAUACCUCCAACCCCUCACCAGGCCUGGUACCAGGCUACCUACCAAGCACUCCUCCACACCCAAAACUGGGUCUUGGCCUGGGUCUUGGCCUGGCUAGGCUACUUAUUGCUGCUGAGCUGGCUGGCUAUUCUGUAGGCUACAGAGGAAAGCGACUCGCCAUCCCAUUUAAAAAAUGACACGUUAGAGAACCAAAACAAUUCUGAAAAGAAGAAGAAAUGCCCCCAAUUGUUGUCCUAACUCCCCCCCCCUUCCCCAAAUGAGAUUGUCUAGGGAUGUGUCCCAAAUGGAACCCUUUUCACCAUAUAGUGCACUACUCUUCACCAGAGCCCUAUUAUACAGGCCCUGGUCAAAAGUAGUGCACUAUAUAGGGAAUAGAGUGGCAUUUUGGAUGCAGUACAUUUCUCCCCCAACAGCUCUGAUUGACAGUUGAACCCUGUCUUCUGUGUUCUUUAACUCACCCCUGGAAACGCUUCGUUGUUUGUCAGCUUCCUAUUUAGAUGAAGCUGCCUUUUACUGUAUUCUCUUGAUGCACAGUUAACUUUUUCUUUUGUCGAGUGUCUUGUCUUUCUACCUACCUACCUAUCUUUCUGCGAAAAAAAGAUUGACACCUGAAGGAUUGGAAGAGUUGUUUGGCGUGGAUCUCGGUUGGUUUGCUACUAGAGAAGAAUAUAGUCAACUGAAAAUCACAGGUUAUCAUCACGUUGACUUUUUAAAGUCAUGAAUGAACAUGACUGCAGGGAGAGAUGAAGAGAAACCAGAGUGUUGUACUGCAUGUUCUGCGCACACUAGAAAGGAAAAUGUAACUGUUGUUUAAUAUUCUACCAAAGCUGAUGACUUCAUUGUGGUGGUUGUUUCACCAAUGUCUUUUUUUUUGUUGGUCUUUUAGUUUUAUAUAAUCUUUAUGUAAUCGCACUGGAGAUCGUUAUGGAUGUUUCAAUGAUUGUUAAAACACUGCCUCUGUCAAAAAGGACACUGCAGUCAUUCGACGGUGCAUCCCUUGUCCAGAGCACUAAAGGCUAGAUUCAGAACCGCUCUUCAGAACCACUCUUCAGAUCCACUCUUCAGAUCCACUCUCCAGAACCACUCUUCAAAACCACUCUAAAGAGGCUGCUCACUUAAAACCACUGAGCAGUCUCUACUCAACUUAAAACCACUGAGCAGCCUCUACUCAACUUAAAACCACUGAGUAGCCUCUACUCAACUUAAAACCACUGAGCAGCCUCUACUCAACUUAAAACCACUGAGCAGCCUCUACUCAACUUAAAACCACUGAGCAGCCUCUACUCAACUUAAAACCACUGAGCAGCCUCUACUCAACUUAAAACCACUGAGCAGCCUCUACUCAACUUAAAACCACUGAGCAGUCUCUACUCAACUUAAAACCACUGAGCAGCCUCUACUCAACUUAAAACCACUGAGCAGCCUCUACUCAACUUAAAACCACUGAGCAGCCUCUACUCAACUUAAAACCACUGAGCAGCCUAUGUGCUUUAAGUGUCUUUUUAAAGCCUUGAAUGUUAUUGUUGUUGUUGUGUGUUUUGAAGUUCAGACUUUCUUUCAUUCCAUUCACUGAAAACGUCCCUCAGUUUGCAGCACUGUUUUGAGUUGACAGACCUUUCUGAAGAAACUACCACAACCACCAUGGUAGCAGAUACCGACUCAUACAAUGACCACAACCACCAUGGUAGCAGAUACCGACUCAUACAACCACCACGGUAAAAGAUACUGACUCAUACAACCACCACAACCACCACGGUAAAAGAUACUGACUCAUACAACCACCACAACCACCACGGUAAAAGAUACUGACUCAUACAACCACUACAACCACCACGGUAAAAGAUACUGACUCAUACAACCACCACAACCACCACGGUAGCAGAUACUGACUCAUACAACCACCACAACCACCACGGUAAAAUAUACAGACUCAUACAACCACCACAACCACCACGGUAAAAUAUACUGACUCAUACAACCACCACAACCACCACGGUAGAAAAUACUGACUCAUACAAUGACCACAACCACCACGGUAGCCGAUACUGACUCAUACAACCACCACGGUAGAAGAUACUGACUCAUACAACCACCACAACAACCACGGUAGAAUGAUACUGACUCAUACAAUGACCACAACGACCACGGUAGAAGAUACCGACUCAUACAACCACCACGGUAGCAGAUACUGACUCAUACAACCACCACGGUAGAAGAUACUGACUCAUACAACCACCACAACCACCACGGUAGCAGAUACUGACUCAUACAACCACCACGGUAGAAGAUACUGACUCAUACAACCACCACAACCACCACGGUAGAAGAUACUGACUCAUACAACCACCACAACAACCACGGUAAAAGAUACUGACUCAUACAACCACCACAACAACCACGGUAGCAGAUACUGACUCAUACAACCACCACAACCACCACGGUAGAAGAUACUGACUCACAACGACCACGGUAGAAGAUACUGACUCAUACAACGACCACAACCACCACGGUAGCAGAUACUGACUCAUACAACCACCACGGUAGCAGAUACUGACUCAUACAACCACCACGGUAGCAGAUACUGACUCAUACAACGACCACGGUAGAAGAUACUGACUCAUUCCAGUGCUUUUAAAAAGUAG